UCCUCCUCUUCCUCCUCCCCCUCCCCGCCGCCCUCCGCCCCGGCCCCCGGGCCGGUCCCCCGGAGCCGUUUGGAGCCGAAGGAUGCGUCUGCCGGCACCCCGGCCGCUCCCCCCGGACCUGGGUGCUGCGCUGCGCUUCCCUCCGGGAGCGGGGGGGGCAUGAGGAAUAAAACGUUCCUGGAGCGUUUUCCGCUGCUCUGAGGGCUGGAAAGGAGCGAAGGCGACACUUCGACCGCAUCUUGCAGGGAGAUUCUGCGAAUUUACAGGGGGAAGGGGCUCGUCGGGCAGAAAGAAUCAGAUGCUUUAGCCACGGCGGAGAGGCAGCGCUGCACCCGCUUUGCUUCGGCCCCAUCAUGGGUACCGGCAUGUGCUCGAGGAGGCAGAAGGGGCUUCUGCAGACCGCGUUUUGCCUGGUGACUCUAGCGUGUUUGGGCUCGGGAGUUUUCAUGUACAACCACUUGCAGCAAAAGGUGCGGAACGCCGAAGCCCUGGCCCAGAAAUACAAACAGCAGCAGGAAGCGCUGUCUGCCCAGCUCCAAGUUGUGUAUGAGCACAGAUCCCGGCUAGAACGGUCCUUGCAGAAGGAGCGAGGGGAGCACAAGAAGACAAAGGAAGAUUUUUUAGUGUAUAAGUUAGAAGCUCAGGAAGCUCUCAACAAGGAGAAGCAAGAUUCUAUGAACCGAUAUGGGGCCCUCAGUUCCCAGCACAAGAUACUGAAGAACCAGCAUGAAGAUGUCAAGAAGCAGCUGCUUGACCUGCAGCUGCAGCACAACAGCUUGAAGCUGGAACAUCGUAAGACACUGGAGUCCCAUAGCCAGAAAUAUGCCCAGCUGCAGCAGGAGAAGGACAGCGAAGUCACAAACUUGCAGGAUACAGUCUUUAAACUCAGAGAAGAGAGCAAGCUGCUCCGGAAGGCCCACCAGGAAGUUCACUCUCAGCUCCUUAAUGCCCAGGCCCAGAUGGAAGAGUUCAGGCAGCUCAAGGAAGCUCUACAGAAGAUGCCAAGUUUCAAAGGAGGAGGAGGAGGAGCUGGGAAGGGGCAGCAGCAGUUUCAGGUGCUGAAGGAGCAGCCCAUGGUGCCGGCCAACAGCCAGCUGCAGCUCGGGAGGCAGAAGGCUUUUCCAGUCAAUCAGGAGAAUCGCCCUGUUGGGAACGCGCUGGCAUCGCCAGUCUCUGGGGUUCAGAAGCAGGCAGACAGCCCGAGGCUGCAGGGCCACAACUCCUACAGUAACGAUAGCCCGAGGCCACAGGCCAACGUCCUCUUCACCCAUCCAGCCUCGCUGCAAGAUGCCAAUGCCCUGCCAGAGGCUAUGCCAGCCUGGCCAGCGAGACACGGGGACGGCCACGUGAUCCGGUUCACCCGGACCAUGAACAGUUUGCCAAAUGGGAACCCCGAUCUGAAGAUGGUGAUGCGUGUUCAGGUGAAAAGCAAUGAGGACAGCCAGGCUCCUGGAUUGUCCCAGUCUGAUCUGAAACAACCCUCUGCAGCAGAAGAACCUCAGAUGCCAGACAACCACCACUCUACGGGGAACAAACAGGCACAAAUACAAAGCUGGAAGGACAUAGUUAACAAGGUGAAUGCCCAGAUGGAUGAAGAACAAGUGCAGAGUUACCCAAAGAGCCUUCAUUUUGAUCCCAAGCCUGGGCAAGAGAUGCAGAAAGGCAGCCCACAGCCACCCAGCCAGAAGAGAGGGGAAGAGCAUCAGAUAGCUGAUCAGGAAGGCGAGAAGGAAAGGACAGAUGACGAGGAACUCGAAAUGGAUGCAGGAGUGAUUGAGAGAGAGAACUUGCCCCCUCAGAAGGAGACUGUCGUCCAGGAACCGAUGAUGCCAGAUGAUGCUGCGGAUCCUGCCCAGGAUCCCAAUAACCAAGGUGAGGAUGAGUUUGAGGAAGCUGAGCUGGAGCGACCUGACUUUGAAGAGAAGGUGGGAGGUUUGGAGAAGUUCAAGGAGCCCAGCGUGAAAGACGAGUCUAAGGAGAAGCCACUGAAGGAUGCUGGCAGACCUGCCAAGCCCAGGGAAGACCCAAUGGAUGACUAUCAAGAAGAUCAGGAGCAAGAAAUUGUACGACACCAAGGUUCUUCCUCUUUCCCUCUCUGGUGUGAUUGUUACCUGGGAGGAUCAUGGAGGUGAGGUGGAUGACAAUGAUGACCUGGAACUUGUCCAAGACCAGAAGGACCAUGCAGGCAUACAGGGAGCUGAUGGCAAGAAGGACAUCUACUACUGAAAGAUGAAGGCAAAUGGAAUACGCUAGGAAUGAGGAGAUGGGAACUGGCUCCUGUAUCAAACACUGCCCAGAACAGGCAAAGGCAGGAGGAGAGAACUGUCUUCUCAGGCACUGAGCAGAGUGCUUGCAGAUGUGCAUCUACGCGUGCGGGGCCGUGGCUGCCUCUCCGGUCAAUAGCAUGGAAGUGCUCUCGGACUGUAGGGGUGAUUUUAUCCUGCUGCUUCUCUUAGAAGCACUUUUUGAUUUGUUGUGUUCUUUGCCCUCUUGUUUUCCCUAUCCCCUCCCACACUGGAGAAUUUUUUUCUUACGUUUUUUUUAACCCCCUGGGCAGCAGAGGGGUGCCUGGACUGGUCCUUGGACUUACUCGACUGAUUGCUAAUACAAAGGAAUCUAUCUUCAUAAAAUAUUUUGCUCAGUAGUGUUUCUUUAAAACAGUCUUUGCUCCCAUCAGAGUAAGGUGGAGAGGAAGUUAGCCCGCUUUUUGUCUGGAGUAAUGCAAGGGUGAUAGCUGACCAUGAGCACCAACAGAGCCAGCGUGUGUGUGUAUGAAUGCCUGGAUUCUCUUCUGGUGCAGAGACCCUUCCCGGUGACUCGGAGUGGAACCCGGUAGAGUUUUCCUUUCCUUGGCUUUGAGCUGUGACUGUCCUGCUGGGCUUGGAGCCUCUCCAUCUCAUGCUGUGCAUCUUGUCCUGCUGCUGCGUUCCUGGAGGUGGGGCUGGCUCGUCUGCUGUGGUGACAGGAACUGCCACACCCCAAAGCACUGCGACCCUGCAGAAACCACAGGUCAGCAGCUCCGGGGGAUGAGGGGCUUCAUGGUGCCAGUCCCUCUGAUGGGAAAUUCUUUUUACUUUGUGUAGCGUUUUGGUGGUGUGGAUGCCCCCAGUGGGACACGGAACAGAUUUUGGAAAGGGCCAAACUAUCCACUGCUUAAAGGUCUCAAAUCCAGGCUGGGCGCAGCCAUCCGCUUCUGUGCGGGGGGGGUGUGCUGAAACAUUACUACUGUGUGAUGGAGCUGCAGCAUCCCGGCAGAGCUGUCCCUACUCUGCCCUCCUCAGGCUCUCGGUGGAAUGUUUCAGAGCAUAUGCCAGCCUGCAUCUGCCCCCCGUAACCUCCUCUCCCUCCCUAUCUUCCUGACACACACUCAGCUUCUGGCACCUCCCUAGGGUGUCCAGGUUGUUCAGGAUUCCCAGGCAAGCAU